CAACCAUGGGGACAAACUGCUAUUUAGACCGAGUGGAUUCGGUCGGUUUUAACACGGUUGCGGAUAGAUAACCACGGUUUCUGCAGUUGACAGUCCAUAUAACGCGAAUGGAGACGAAGGAUCCAGCUGUAGUAGCCAAAAGACCUUACAAAGAGACAUCAAUACACCGGAAGAUCCAUCACUUCUACAGAGCAGUCUGGGACCCUUUCGUGGGAUGCUAGUUCCCUGGUCGUCCUUCAUCAUCAUCGUCACCAGCAGUGUGUAAGGUUCUUUUAGAGGACUUUGAGGAAAUACAAUCAGCUUGCAGCCUGGUUUCCAGAGCUGCCAGCACCUAACCAUCAUCAACGUGUAAGGUUCGUUUAGAGGACUUUGGGGAAAAGCAGCAGUGAGCUACCAAUCGAGUUUUCACGGCUGCCAGCUAUCUAACCAUUAGCAACAUGUAAAAUUCCUUUAGAGGAAUUUGCAAAAAAAGCAGCAGUAAGCUUGUAGCCACGUUUUCACGGCUGCCAGCUAUCUAACCAUCAGCAACGUGUAAGGUUCGUUUAGAGGACUUUGAGGAACAGUAUCAGUGAGCUUGCAACCUUGUUUUCACGGCUGCUAGGACACAUAACCAUCAGCAACGUGUAAGGUUCGUUUAGAGGACUUUGAGGAACAGUAUCAGUGAGCUUGCAACCUUGUUUUCACGGCUGCUAGGACACAUAACCAUCAGCAACGUGUAAGGUUCGUUUAGAGGACUUUGAAGAACAGUAUCAGUGAGCUUGCAACCUUGUUUUCACGGCUGCUAGGACACAUAACCAUCACCAACGUGUAAGGUUCGUUUAGAGGACUUUGAGUAAAAGCAUUGAGCUUGCAGCCUUGUUUUCACGGCUGCCAGCUACCUAACCAUCACCCUGGAUCAGGACUACCCCAUCUACCAGGACGAGGUGCCUAUGAUGGACCUCGAACUGCCCACGCAGGAGACGCUGAUGGUAAUCAUCCUGAUGAGUCUGACGGGUCUGGUGGGCAUCAUCGCCAACACCAUCAUGCUGCGAUCGCUCAUCAAAUACCCCAAGCUGAGGACGGACAUCUACGUCUGCGCCGGAGGAUUGGCAGCAGCAGACAUGCUGCACCUGGCGAUCGCCGUCCCAUCGCACAUCAUCAACUUUGUGGGCAACGAUGACGUGAUUACGCCGGCUUGGUGCAAGGCGAGCCGCUACAUCGCCGACGCGACGUCCUACAUCGGUCCCUAUCACAUCGUCAUCCUCGCCGUGCUCCGGGGGAUCAUGCUCACCAACCGCGGCUACCGCGCGCCGACGGGCAGGCACGCCUUCAUCUGCAGCUGCCUGCUGUGGGUGAUCGCUCCCCUGGCCACCGUGCCCGUGAUCCAGAUGUACAGCAAGUUCCAGUCCGUCUGCUACUGGGUGGACGGCGUGCACCAGGAACAGAUGUGGCUGACCGGAGCGUUCUCGUGCUUCGUUCCGCUCGCCAUGGUGCUGCUCGUGUACGCGGGGACCUACUACGUCGGACAGAGGUACUUCUCCGAGAGUUAUUCCCGCAAGGAAAGGGAGAUCUCGCGUCUGGUGUCUUCCGUUGUUGUGGCUUUCAUCAUCUGCGAGCUGCCAUACCAGAUCAUGAACCUCUACACGAUGUACCGGUCGCAGGAGGUGCAUAUGGACACGUUGGAGGCCGAAGCCCUCGACACCCUGUACGUCGUCAACGACUACCUCCUGUGUCUGGCGCUCGUUGACAAGACGAUCCGGCCCGUGCUCUACUCCAAGCUGUCCACGGACAUGGGUGAGUGUUUCGACGAGAUCAUCAACUGCACGUACUGUUCCAGGUACUACACCGAGAACCCCAAACAACCUGUUGUCACGCAGAACUCCACUGAACCCCUCACUGGAAACUCCAUCAUAGAGGUGGACGUGGAGGAAGUGGUUUGAAGAUCUCCCUCACUCUCUUUCUCUCUCCCCAUCCAAUAGCCGCUGAUUAAUAAAUCAGUGUGCUUUAGUGGUGUCGUUAAACAAACCAAACUUUAACUCCCUCUGUCUCCCUCUCGUUGAGGGCAAUGGAAAAAAACACAUCGCAUACGCUGUUACAAGUAACGUGACUACACAAUGUGAAUCACUGAUACAUUUCUGUGCUUGGUCCAGUUGUAAGUGUUUCAGAGUGGAGAUGGGAAAUAUUCAGUGUUCACAACACACCAGGGACUUAAUUCACUAAACUGUCGCAACUUUGCGAUUUCACAGUGCUAUGCAAAACAAAAACAACCAAGAAAACUUGCAAGGACUAUUUGAUGUUUCUUAAGCUCUAGGGAGAUCCGUGAAUUCGGCUCCAGGUCCAGCUCAAGUUAGCACCUUACAGGAGAUCAACACUGCAUAUGGAUUAUGUGUGCAAAAAUACGUGAUCGCUGAAUCUUUAAUACUGGAUGAUCUGCCCAACGGAAUAGAGUGGAUACAAGAGUGACUUCAAUAAGGUGUUUGAUAUGGUGUAUAUAAUACUGCAGAGAGAGAGGUUUUUCGGAAGGGCUGCAAUUAUUUGAUACGGUGUUUGGUAUGUUGUAUAUUAUACUGCUGAGAGAUGUUGUAAUCGUUUGUAAGCAAAACUAUCUCCGGUAUGGUACGGUGUUUGGUAUAAAAUAUAUCAUACUGCUGAGAAAGUUCUUUAAAAAGUGUAUGAAGAAUUACUUCGACGUAUAUUGUAUACCCUUAAAAUAUUUUCUCAAGUGGGUUGUAACAACAAUAACUACGAUAUGGUGUUUGGAAUAACGUAUAUUAAUCACAAUGUUGAACGAUUUCCCCCACAUGGAUUGUAAGGAAAAUAACUCCGAUAUGGUGUUUGGAAUAUCGUAUAUUAAUUACACUGUUAAAAAUCUUUUCUCAAAUGAGUUGUAAGAACAAUAACUCCGAUGUGGUGUUUGGAAUAUCGUAUAGUAAUUACACUGUUAAAAAGGUUUCCUCAAAUGAGUUGUAAGAACAAUAACUCCGAUGUGUUGUUUGGAAUAUCGUAUAUUAUACUGUUAAAAGAGUUCUUCAGUACGUUGUAGGGAAAAACUAGCAGUGUUAUGUUUGGUAUGUUGUAUAUCGAACUGCUGAAGGAAUUUUUCUAAGAUUUCAAACCCUGAAUCUGCCAACACAACAUGGUGCCUUGCUUUCAGAGACACCUGGUGAUAUAUAUUAUUAUAUUAUAACCGUAUUAAACCAAAAACUCAUCGCUGCCAUUCGUUUAGUAUUGUGGGCGUUCAGUACAGGUAUUAUUAACUGGCAGCCAACACGUUCACUGUGACUUUCAUAAAUGGCAUUUUAUAGUUAAAUGGCGUUGCAAAACAAAAGGUGUUUUCAAACAGCUUACUUGUGUUCACGUGUCUAUAAUGUUAUAAGCUUUUUGUUUCUCUUUUUUUCGACGAUUAUACUCAACAACAUUAAGUAAGGGCUAUUAGAUAUUUUGGGGGUUUUUUUUUUCUUUCUAGUGUUAUGUUAUGUUUGGACGUUUUGAUCACGAAUUAUUUCUAAGUAUUGACUGAGUAAAGUUUGACCAAUUUAAUUCAUUUCAACUUAUUUUCGUGCUUAUAUCCAAUUAAGGUUCAGGCACGCUGUCCUGAGCACACACCUUAGCUAUCUGGGCUGUCUGUUAGUGGUUAGUGAGAGAAAAGAGGGUGUAAAAUUCGCUCCGGGUGGAAGCCGAUACCGGGCUGCGAACCCUGUUCCUACCAGCCUUAUGUCCGAUGGCUUAAUCACGAUACCACGGAGGCCGGUCGUUUGACCAGUGAUGCACACUUUGUAUGCCUCGUAAAACCAAAAACAAAUCUAUUUUAUGCCGUAGAUAAAGAAAACCUCCAACAAAUAUACACUGGCCCUUAAUUAAUUUUGUUGAGUAUAUUUGACAUUAAUAACAACGUAGUAUCAGCUGUUCGCAAUUUCUGCGAUGCUUCAAAGUUUACCUUCAUUAGAACUGUUUCAUAAAAGUAAUAGAGGUUGGGGUUUUUCUUCUUUUUUACUCUCUUUUUUUAAAGAUCAUCUUCAGAUCUUCAUUAAACGCAACCAAGAACUUGCAGUAAAAUUGUGAACAGCUGAUCUGAUAUUUUCAACAGCUAUUAUACAUUUGUUAUUGACUGAAAAAUGGCGCUGUCUUAAUUCCGGAAUUUUUAACAAAUAUCAUCAUUACUAUUGCUACAAUCCCACAAUAUAUAUUGUUUCUCGGCUUGUCCUUUUGAGGGUUCUAUACUAAACUUCCACUUUAUAUAUUUAUACUGAUGGAAAAAAAUAAGGGAUCACAUGAAUGGUAAAUGCAAGUAGUUAUUGCAGCCCAAACUCUUAUCCAUAAUAUUCAUAAUGUCAAAUAUUUUCACAUACUUAUCAUUUGUGAGACCCAAUUGCCGAUGUGUAUUUUUCUGCCGUGGUGUAGUUAAACAUUCAUUCAUUCAUUCGUUCAUUCAUUCCAUAAUGUCAGGAAUUUAUCCAUGUUAUUAAUAUUCAAUCUAAUAUUACUAAUGUUCAAUCCCAUUUUACUGAUAUCCAACCCUAUAUUACGUUUCUUUUAUAUACAGAUAUCACUAAGCUAUCCAGUCACAUAAUACGUGUCUAUUUUAUAUACGGACAUCACUAAGCUAUCCAAUCACAUAAUACAUGUCUAUUUUAUAUACGGACAUCACUAAGCUAUCCAAUCACAUAAUACAUGUCUAUUUUAUAUACGGACAUCACUAAGCUUUUCAAUUCUGUAUUACAGUUUAUUGUGUAUGCAGACAUCACUAAGCUAUUAAAUUCUAUAAUACAUGUUUCUUUUAUAUUCAGACAUUACUAAGCUAUUUAAUCCCAUAAUACAUGUUCUUUUAUAUACCGUAGACAUCACAAAGCUAUUCAAUUUUAUUUUACAUAUUUCUUUUAUAUACAGAGGUCAUGAAGCUAUUCAAUAACAUUUUAUAUCUUUCUUUUAUAUACAGACAUCACUAAGCUAUUCAAUCCCAUAUUACAUGUUAUUUUAUAUACAGAUAUCGCUAAGCUAUUCAAUUCUAUAUCACAGUUUAUUUUAUAUACAUACAUCACUAAAGCUAUUCAAUUUUAUUUUACAUAGUUAUUUUAUAUACAGAGGUCAUUAAGCUAUUCAAUCCCAUGUUACGUGUUUAUUUUAUAUAUACAGACAUCACUAAGCUUGGCCUACAACGCAAUGUGAUCCCUUAUUUUUUCCAUCAGUAUAUAAAUACACUGAGUUUGUGAUUGGAGACUAGAACGGUGCUUUAUUAAAAUACGAAUUGUGUUUAGGAGAACGAGCGCUUGCGGACAUUUUGACUAGUGUUCAUUCCAUCAUUCAUUUGACGUUUGACGCAAAACCUGUCUUAAGAUUGACUGCGAACGCUCGAUUUCCGGAACACACUUUUGCUGUCAUUAUAUCCAGUCUAAUUUUCAAAGGCGUUGGAUAUUCCAACAACGGGGGGGGGGGGGGGGG